UUUGGCUUGUCUUGUGAUUUUGAAUCGCUUUCUGUCUCUGUUAACUUUCAUUUCAAAUUGCUUACUAACGGUGUUAACUUAUUUUCAAGUUUUUUGACAUUUACAUCAUUAUUCAAAAGCUUAGUUCAAGAGUCAUUUUAUUAAUUCUUGUAAUGGUUACCAUGCUUGGUUAAAAUUACGGUGUUUACUUCUUUCUGUUGCCUUUUCUUCACAAGUCUUCUUAUGCUUGAAAAGGCUUUUUACUGUUAUUCAAAAGACAAUACUAGGGUGUCAAAAUGGUAACCAUGAUUUCUCUAUUAUCAUCAUUGUUAACCAAUAUCAUCCUAAUGGUUAUUAUUAUCAACAUGAUUAUGGUGAAAAGAAGGCUAGGUAAAAGUUGAAUGACCCUUUGCCAUCUUAACCUAUUCAAGUUUUGAAAUUGAAAUUGACCAUAUAAUAUGAAACAAUUGGAAUGAAAAUUUUUUUAGAGGCAAACCUUCGACUUGAGACAUCAUUGUGUUUUUGCCUGUCAAUUGGAUGGAAAUUUAAUGUGAAAUUGGAUCGAAACAAGAAAUUGUAUGUUACCAGUUGAAACCAUCUAAUUUAUGUAUACCUUUGGAAGAUGAAAUAUUUCAAUCAAUUCAUCAUGUCAUUAAUCAACUUUUUCAGUGACUAACUAAUCAACUGGCAACAAGUUAUUAUAAUAUGUUACAAUUUUUGAUAGUUUUUUGUUUACCAUUGAUAAGUCUUGGUUCCAUUGAUGAAUCAACCGACAUUAACAAAAGUAAAAAGAUUCAAAUAGUCUACAUAAAAGUCCCAUUGGUGACCAAUAAACUGCGUAACAAUCAAAAUGGCAAUUCUGGAAACAAUUUGAUCAACGACCAACCAAACGGAGAUAAAUCAAGCUACUCGAUGAGCCAAGGUAAUUCGGGUAACUCUGGUAAAGCCUACAUGAGCAACUCUGGUUACAAUGGUCCACCUCAAACUGGCUCUGGUUUCAUUCCCAAUUAUGAUUAUCCUUCAAGUGGCUUAAACAAUCAAGGUUCAUCAUCUUACACUCAAUCAGGUUCAUUUAGCCCAUUCACGUCCAGUUCAAACAGCUAUAAUGAUGUCUCAGGAAACAACAAGAAACCUUUAUUCAGCAGUUCAUCAUCACCUUCAUACGAUCAAUCCUUACCUCAUCCCAAUUCAAUUGUUUCAACAUCAGCUGAUUCCCAAAAACAACACAAGCCAGCCUUUCCCUUUCCCCUUAAUCUCAAUGGUCCAUCCAACUCUGGCUACUCAGGGCGAGGAAUCAACAUCAACAAUGGUCAAACUCGACCCACAGGAUUCCAAGGGUUUGAUAAAAACUUCAACCAGGAUCAACGAUUCAACCAAGGACCAAUCAACUUAAACACUAACCAACAUAACAAUAAUAACAAUCAUGUUAUCAACCCUGUUAAUACCAAUAAUAUGAACAAUCCGUCCGGCAAUGCAAAUUUCGCCUUCAAUUAUGGCAACAAUUACGAUAAAGGUCAACCCUUUAAUGGUCCAUCACUACCUUUAGGAUUAAUGGGAUCAUCCAAUGGCUUUAUGAGCAACUUGAAACCUUCCGAUGGACUUGGUAAUUCAAAUGGAUUGAUUAAACCAAUGGGAUCCACAGGAAAAUUGAUGAAACCAGGAAAUCUUGAUGAUGGUUUAGGUUCAGCUUACGGUGCAGCCUCAACCGACCCAUUGCCUUAUGGUUCCAAUGAAGCUGGUGAUCCAAUGGGUCCAAGUUACAACCCAAGUGACUUCUUUGGACCCAGUGCGACAAGUGGUCUUGAUACAGGUCUUGAUGAUUUUACCGGUUUCGGUGACAUGACAUUUGAUAAUGACGCACUUCUUAACUUUGGAGGAAUGCAACCUUUUACUGGUGAUUUGGGAAUGGAAGCAAAUAAAAAGAAAAACAAAGGUUAUGGUUCAUUCAUGUCAAGUGCUCUUUCUGGUUUAGGAUCAUUCGGGUUUCUUUCCGGCGGUGGAUCCAGUGGGUCUAAUGGACUAACUUCAAAUUACAAUCCAAUGAAAGGAAUGGCCGUAGCUAUGAGCAAUACAUUUCCCUCCUUUACGGGACCAAAGCAACAGGUACCAAACCAUGGUCAAUCUGGCUCAGGCUCUUCAUCUGGAGGAUCAUCUUCUGGUUUUGGAGGAAUCCGGACAAGAUUAACUAACCUUCUCACUGGAAGGUUACCAAGUUUAAAUUUUGCCUCUCUAACGGGCUUAGGUAGUUUAGGUGGUCCUAGUGGUAUGACAGGUUUAGGUGGUAUGAACAGUGGUUUAUUGGGAUUAUUUGGUCUCUAACCAAUUGUUCAAUUGUUACAAUCAACCUCUAAGAUAAUCAAAAUCAAAUUAGUAAUUUUCAUCUUGUUGCCUUCACUUAUUUUUUUCCCCAGUAACUUUGUAAUUGAGGACCACAUUAAUUGAACUUCAUCAAAAAACAAACCCAUCUGUUUGGCUUAAUACAAAAUCUCAUCCACA